AUGCUUGUGACACGUGUCCCCUUACCAACAGCGACCAAAGGUGUCAGACUUUGGGCUGGUUCACAUGACAGGCCUCAUGUCUGGUGUGCUCACAUGUGUCGCCCCGUCUUUCCCCGCUCCCCCCACCAAGGGAAGGUGUCAAACUUUGGGCUGGUGCGAAUGACUGAGGGCACCACAGUGAAUCCCACCCGAGUGGUCGGCACGCCGGGCUAUGUGGACCCCGCUUACUCGCGCACCAACAAGGCCACACCCAUGGCCGACGUGUUCAGCUUUGGGGUGAUGAUGCUUGAAAUACUGCUGACGCUGCCUGUGGUGAUGCAAGAGAAUGGUGGAAUUAACAUAAAAGACUGGGUCGACAAGCGUGUGCAAGAAGGCGAUAUCGAGUCCCUCAAAGACCCCAACCUUGACUCGGUGCCCAAUGAGCUUCUACUUAAACUGGUCCAGCUCGCGCUGCGAUGCACAUCACUACCGGCCUCAUCGCGUCCGUAUAUGACUGAAAUCGCUGCGCACUUGGGAGCGCUGAGAACAGAUUUUCUUGGCGGUGAGAUGUCGACGAAAGAGUCGAGACUGCUCAAGUUUGAUCAAGAGGCUGGGAGGCACUAUGGACCUGGGCGCACAAUGGAUGACGAGCUAGAGAUUCUUGAUGAGAUGCUCACUGAAUAG